CACCAAUCAGUCGAUUCAGAAUAGUACAAACCAUUCUGGAAUUAAACAUAUGUAUACACAAUAGGGUCAUUUGGUGGCUACUUACUUGGCAGUCGAACCCAUUCCAAAUAAGAGGGAAAGAACUCCUGUCAUCCCUUUUCCAGCCUCCACUGUUAUCAACAGGAGCUAAUGGAAGUCAAUAAGCUUGGUUUCUGAUAUCAUUUCCUUGCAAUACAAAAGUUAAAUGAUUAACAAGGUUCCAUUUGGCUGAUAUAUUUAGGUUGAGAAAUCUUGCUCUGUUUAUAUGAGCUAAAAUGAGUCUUCUUAUGCAGGGUUCCUGUUAUUCAUCAUCGUUUUUAGUGAUUCUGUUGGUAAUUUCACCUAAAAAAAAAGAUCAAAAACGUCUAUCUUAUCUUCUAUAUCUAACAGAAAAGAUUAUUUACUCUCAUGAUUCUCCCAUUGCCACUAGUUAUACCUUGAAUUACUCUAUUUUACUUUCUCGGAGGGGAAUUACUCGUACAGGCAACGAAAAAAUUACCUAGAGCCUAAACCUAUAUAAUUUGCAAGCUUCCACUAGCUCUUUAAGAAAACACAAAUAAGUAAUGGGUUCAGCAAGAUGCCAUUAUCUAUAACACUUAUCGCAGAUUGACCACGCAAAUAAAUUGGUAUCUUUAAUCACAAUGACUCUUUUGAUAAAUCAAAAUAUACACCUUUU